GCUUGUAAAAGAAGAUUACUUCGAGAUUUUAAAAAACUUUAAGAUGAUCCACCAAAUGGAUUAACAGCAACACCAAUUGAAGAUAAUAUAAUGAAUUGGGACGCUGUUAUAUUCGGUCCAGAAGAUACACCAUGGGAAGGAGCAACAUUUAGAUUAACCUUAGAAUUUACUGAAGAUUAUCCAAAUAAACCUCCUGUAGUAAAAUUCAGAACUAAAAUUUUCCACCCAAACGUAUAUAAUGACGGAUCAAUAUGUUUAGAUAUACUUUAAAAUUAAUGGAGUCCAAUUUAUGAUGUUUGGGCAAUUUUAACUUCAAUUAGAUCUUUGCUCUGUGAUCCUAAUCCAAAUUCUCCUGCUAAUGGAGAAGCGGCAAAAUUAUAUAUGGAAGAUAGAAAAGAAUAUAUAAGACGUGUAAAAGAAAUUGUCGAAUUAAGUUGGAACGAUUAAUGA